CUUCGUAGGCGUGUAGUGCGGCUGAGGUAGCCGGUAGUGCGUCCCGGCCGGCGGGUUGCCGGCUGUUAGUGUAUUUCGCUCUGUCACGGAGCUGCUGGUCGCGCGCAAACCAUGGAGUACAUGGCAGAGUCCAUUGAGCACAGCCCGGGACACAUCUUGUGCUGUGAAUGUGGUGUCCCAAUUAGUCCAAAUCCUGCCAAUAUUUGUGUGGCCUGCUUACGAAGUAAAGUGGACAUCAGCCAAGGUGUUCCAAAGCAGGUCUCCAUUUCUUUCUGCAAACAAUGUCAGAGAUAUUUUCAGCCACCAGCAUCAUGGGUACAGUGUGCUUUAGAGUCCAGAGAACUUCUUGCUUUGUGUUUGAAAAAAAUUAAAGCUCCUCUGAGUAAGGUUCGGCUUGUUGAUGCAGGCUUUGUUUGGACUGAGCCCCAUUCCAAGAGACUUAAAGUUAAAUUGACAAUUCAGAAAGAGGUGAUGAAUGGUGCUAUCCUGCAGCAAGUAUUUGUGGUGGAUUAUGUUGUUCAGUCCCAAAUGUGUGGAGACUGCCAUAGAGUGGAAGCUAAGGAUUUCUGGAAGGCUGUGAUCCAAGUCAGGCAGAAGACUCUACACAAGAAAACAUUCUACUAUCUGGAACAGUUGAUUUUAAAAUAUGGAAUGCAUCAGAAUACACUGCGUAUCAAGGAGAUUCAUGAUGGUCUGGAUUUUUAUUAUUCUUCAAAACAGCAUGCUCAGAAGAUGGUGGAGUUUCUUCAGGGUACAGUUCCCUGUAGAUACAAAGCAUCACAAAGAUUGAUCUCUCAGGAUAUUCAUAGUAACACAUACAAUUACAAGAGUACUUUUUCUGUGGAAAUUGUUCCAAUAUGCAAGGAUAAUGUUGUCUGUCUAUCACCAAAACUGGCACAGAGCCUUGGAAAUAUGAGUCAGAUAUGUAUUUGUAUUCGAGUAACUAGUGCCAUCCACCUCAUAGACCCAAAUACCCUACAAGUUGCAGAUAUUGAUGGAAACACUUUCUGGAGUCAUCCUUUCAAUAGUUUAUGCCAUCCUAAACAGCUCGAAGAGUUUAUUGUGAUAGAAUGCAGCACAGUCCGAGAUCUGAAGCGAAGUGCGGGGGCUGGAAUGAUAUCAAAAAAGCACACCCUUGGGGAAGUCUGGAUCCAGAAGACAUCUGAAAUGAAUACAGAUAAACAGUAUUUUUGCCGAACUCACUUGGGACAUCUUUUAAAUCCUGGAGACCUGGUGCUGGGAUUUGAUUUGGCCAACUGUAACUUAAAUGAUGAGUAUGUCAACAAAAUGAACUCAGACAGAGUUCCAGAUGUGGUGUUAAUUAAGAAGAGCUAUGACCGUACCAAACGCCAGCGCCAUAGAAACUGGAAACUGAAAGAGCUUGCAAGAGACAGAGAAAACAUGGACACAGAUGAUGAAAGGCAAUAUCAAGAUUUUCUUGAAGAUCUUGAAGAAGAUGAGGCAAUUAGAAAACAUGUCAACAUUUACAGAGAUGCAACCAUCCCUGUGGAAAGUGACACAGAUGAUGAAGGAGCACCUCGAAUUAGUCUGGCCGAGAUGCUUGAAGACCUUAAUAUUUCUCAAGAUGCCACUGGUGAAGAAGGUGCAUCAAUGAUGUCAUGAUGAGUCAUAUAUGUUGCUUGCAUAUCUGUGGCCUCAGGAAUUUGGCAAAAACCUUUAUUGUAUAGUACAUAUAUUCCCUUAUAUUUUAAAAGAAAUUUGACCUUAAACUUUAAUAAAUUACUAUUUUAAUUGUUCCCUUAAA